GGAAGAAACCUCCUCUAAACCCCCUCUAACUUCACCAUUUCACCAAUAUUAUCAGUCUAUCCACAUUCCACAGUGUGUGCACCAAAAUUCCCACAAGACUCAUUUUCCAUUCCCUUAUUACCUUAUACUUACACCAACAAUCAUUGAUCUCUCACGUGGGAAACUCGACCCACUCUCACCAGACUUUUACUUCACAGUUCACACUAUAUAUAAUAUAGGUAUUUCUAUUUCAGCUCAUCUUUAUUCUUUAAUUUUCUCGGGAAUUCCCUCUCUUUUUUCUUUAUUGGUUUGGUGAGAUUCAUCAACCCAUAAUAAACAAAUCAGCAUAUUAUAUAAAGUAUGGGCGACUCCUCUGCUUCUUCAUCGUAUAUACAUAUGGUGCACCAGCUAAUAGAGCACUGCCUGAUUUUGGAGAUGAAGAAAGAAGAGUGCAUGGAAGUUCUGGCCAAGCGUGCAGGCAUCCAACCAAUCAUUACUUCAACUGGUCCGCCCCACAAAGCUUCAUCUGAUAAAUGUACAACAAGAUGCUCACUGGGGUCAAAGAAUGACGGUGGGAAAAUCUUCUCCAACUUGCAUAGAAUAAUGGGAAUAUCUGCCUUUAGCUUCUCCAUGUCAGAAACGGUGAUAUUCUUUCUUGUUAACUCACGAAAGAAUAAGCUAAUCUCUGUGAUUGCCUCCCAAAUCGAAGCAGUGUGGAAUGAGUUGGAAAAAGAGAAUAAAGCAUUCUUCGAGGCAUACUCUCAAUCUCUGACCAGAAAAGGACCAGAAAACACUUGGGAAACCAUUUCAGAUUGCUGCAAAGACUUUGCCAAAUGAUGAUUUCUGCUUCCAGAUUAUGAAUCUUGGGAUGCAUGGAAGAAGACGGACUACCUCUCCAAAACCGAACCAACACUAUAUAUAUAUUAUCCCUAUUCAUCCUAUUAUUGUGGUGUAUUAUUUAUAUACAUUAUACUUAAUUAAUAAAUGCGCUUAAUAUUGGUGUAUAGAUAAUAUUACUCAUUACAUAAUUCAACAGACUGGCUUCCAAGUAAUGUUGUAGUCCUAAGCCAAAAUUCUUCUCGUGUAUAUAUACGUUCUUAUUUUAUCUUCUACCUCGGUAUCAAAAUGUUCUCUACUUUGUUAUUUGUGGAGUAUUAGCCUUGGUGAAUAAUAUGACAUAGUCACC